CUAUAUCUGGAAGUUAACGCACAACAAAGUCCGAUUUUUCGAGUGGCAGCUUCCCUGGCAAGGGUAUAAAGAUGGGAGGAACCGCCAUUCACCUCGGGCCGGACUUGCGGAUGGAAAAUUCAGCCAAUGAGCGAGUUCCCAGCUGUCAGCCAUGAUGAACGUCCGCCAACACAACGCGUGCACGCGAUCACGAGCGUUUGCGAGCGGGACCAAGACUUGAGAAUGAUCAAAAAGAAGAAAUUGGCUCUGAUUCUGGGAAUUGUCUUUGGGUUUGUUCUCUUAGAUCAGCUUUAUCUUCACUUUUGGCUUUCAUCAAACAGUACUAAUUUCAAGAGAUCUCUUGAUAUUGAUGAUGUUCGGCAGCUUAUUCAGGCUUCAAAAGAUGCAAAAGUGACAACAAUUCUUUUUGAUCCAGUCAUCUUAGAAGCCUGGCAUGGCAAUUCUGAUGUAGCAGUUCCAGGAGUCUGCAUCUUUUUGUGCCAUGUCAUAGGACCUCUGACAUUUGCUGUUACUUCUGCACAGCUUAGAGACAAGCCAGCGUUUCUCUCUCGGUUGGCACAGCUUGGUUUCACUGUUACCUUGUUCAGCACAUCAGAUGGAAAACGUUCACACGUGUUCUUAUUCCGUUAUGGAUCGCCUCUACAUUUGACAGUGCUUGAUGUCAAUUCAGCAGGGUAUUUGCGGCAGUAUGCUCUAACGGGACCCCCUCACAAUAUGGCUCAGGUCAAACAGUACAUCACAAAGGAUGCCUGGGACCAGAUUAAAGUUGACCGUGCUUAUGAAAGGCUCACUACAAAGGAUGUGAAGAUUGAUGGCGUAGAACUCACAGUUCCCAGUGACAUCUACACAUUUGUUAAGGAUUACAGAGAUGCUCAUUUCAUUCCCUGUAAUGAGUCCAGAGCAACAUUUUAUAACCUUAAACAUAUGAAAGGUGAAACUCCAGAGGAAACACGGUAA